AAGUGCUGUACAUCAAGAGAAUAAGUAUAAAAUAGUAAAUAAACACAUAAAAAAUAUAUGUUACAACACAUCAACUCACACAAAUGUACAAGUAACUCAUAAUAUACAUCAAAAAGAGCAGCUGAACAGCCAGUAUGAUGGAUAUGGUGGAGCAAGUUAAUUAACGCAUUUAAAAACAAACAAAAGAAUGUUAAAAACAAUUCUGUUGCAAAAAGGGCACUGGCGAAGAGGAGCCAGUUGAUUGUUCUCACAUCACAUCUUAAUGAUGUGAGAACAGAGUGAUUGUGUCCUAUGGUAUUAAAAACAUCUUUUAGGAUGGAUUUUGUAGUGUUGACUGGUGACAAUGAGAUUAAAUAAUUUCUGACAAAUAUUCAUAUUUUCCUUAGCAAUUUUUACAGAAGAACACCUGAUGCUUGUCCUUCUUGCCCCUGUGCUCAGCUCUCCUGCAGGCCCAUCAAGGGACAUUACUCAGCCUGGGUUGACAUGUCGGUUUGGUACAAGACAGAAAUAGAUGUCAACUCUGCAGUAUCACCUACAAUUUUUGUAUUAUUCUUAUAAAAAAUAUGUUUUGUAUUUGGACAUAAUUUAGAAAGUUUUUCUAAGAGAGACAUAAACCUGUGAUAAAGGCAAAAAAGGCUCUGUGUGAUCACUGUGAAGCAGGAAAGGGUGCAGUAAGAUAAGCUCCUUCAGAAAUGUGCUUCAGAAGUUCGCUUGCCUUUGUGAUUCUCUAGAAGUGAACAAGAUAAGUGAAUUACAAGCAGAGGCGUGAGACAGUUCUGUUUGACAGCACUGAAAAAUGCUGUCUACGAUUGAAUAUAACAUAUGUUAGCAUUGCUGUCAUUCUAUAAGACAGCAUAUAAUCAAUUUUGUGUGGUAUGAAACUAUAGGACAUCCAAAAUGUUGAGUUGUAUUUCUCCUAACUUUUCUAACCUAAAAUCAAUCACACUAGUAAUAAAAUGUUUGUUUUUAAUAAGAUAUGAUGCAUACCUGACCAGGACACUUUCUCAGUGAUAAAUACUCAGCAACCUGACUAUGUGCACAAAAACACGUAAGAAACCACAUCAUAUAUUAAGCCCCACUUCACAUGUACGUGUGGAGCAUUUAAUACAUUAUUUUUUGAAAAGCUAUUUCCUGCAACAGGAAGCCAAAACCACAGUGUAGGAGUGUAGGAACAGAGCAGAUAUAGGCAUCAGAUAAUGUAUGAUAGUUUCAAGAUGUUAUAAAGACUACAUCCACUCAGUUGAUGCUGUAUGUGUUGAAACUCUUUUUAGAUUUAUCCUGACUUGUUUCUGAUUAAGGCUUUUAUAUUGUUAAAACUUAUUUGCAUGUUGGUAACAACCUAAGUAGUAAAUACAUGCAAAUAAAGCAAAAUUAAUGCAUUAACUAUGUUAUGUGCAAUAAAGUGGAAUGGCACAGUGCUAAGUUAUUGGUCAAAAAUGUAUAAAAAUGUCUUUGAUAAGUGGUGGAAACUCACCUCUUUUAGACUAUGAUGUUCAGUUCUUCUUAUCUCCUGUAUACGAAUCACAUGUAUUGCUAGGCUUCAAUUUUGACUCAGUCUUAAACACAAACUCUUUAAGUUGGGGGCCUCACAAUCCAGUCCAGUUUUAAUUCAGCCAAAUCUGUGUAUAGAGCAUGAGUAGUCUGGCUCAGGUCAUGCAACAGCAUCUCAAUCAGAUGUAAUGCUGGACUUUAAGUAGACCACUUCAAAACCUUCUUUUUGAGCAAAUCAGAUGGACUUGCUAGUGUGGCUCAGAUCAUGUUUUGCCACUUAACUCAAGUGCACAAGAGCUUCAGGUCACAAACAUUCUCCACCAGGGUUUUCUGCUAAAAAGGGGAUUUUGUGGUUCAGUCAAUUAAAGCAAGUCAGUCAGGCCAAGAAGUACCAAAAUACCACCUCUAUGUUACUGUUUCUUUUUAAAAUAGUUUUAGAGUUUUGUAACAUUGAUUCUGCACAUUGGUUCUAUUCUUCCUGUCAAACCAUCCUGGACUCGGUUGCUCCAUUAAAAACCAGGCAGCCAAAGAUUAAACCUGAGCCUUGUGUAGCUGGAAGAAGCCUGCCCCAAUAUUCAAAACACCUGGCACCUAAUCGCGUCAUGAUGGGUGGAGAGUAUAAAGGGAGACUCUCACCUGGUUGCUUUAUGCUGGUGUUUGGUCACAUGUCGUUGGGAAGGCCACUUGUGUAGCCUGCAGGUCUAAAACUCUAUUAUCAAUGUGACAUGUCUGGUGAUUAACCUGGAAUCUCUUCGCUGUAUGUGGAACCUGCAGGGGACUCCAGAAGUCAACUACACAUUUCACUCCUGGUUCGGUUAUCAGAGAGAAACCAUCUGUGCUGAAUACCUGUCUGAGAAUGGAACAAAUAUUGGAUGCACGCUUCCCUACAUCAAAGGGCAGAGAUUCGAACCAUUUUACACUAAACUGGAGGACAGCAGCAAGACCUAUGAAAAGAAACAUGACCUUAAAGGAAAAGUGAAAUUAAACCCACCAACCAACCUGACGGUAAAGAAUGGAUCCGACCUGAACUUGUGGUUUUACUGGAACCAGACUACUAGCCAUACUUGUGUGGAGAGUCAAGUACAAAUUAGGAAAAACGACAACAACUGGGAGACUUUAGACGUUUAUAGUGGGCAGCAGCAUUAUGUCCAAAACUUGCCCUCCAGCACUGCCAGAUAUGAGCUGCAGGUGAAGAUCAGACUCAGCAGUUCCUGUGGGCAGUCUGAUUUCUGGAGUGACUGGAGUGAACCUGUGGUCUGGGGAUUCAAUAACACCACAGUCUCAAAUGCUAAAAAUGGGGAAAUGCCAGUGUGGACAGCAGUGCUGUAUGUGGUGAGCGCCAUCACCCUCAUUCUUCUGGUUGUGAUUCUACUGCACAAUGAACGGAUCAAAAUCAUCCUGAUUCCUCCACUUCCCAAACCAGCUCUGAACUCUCCUGAUGUCGAGGAUUGGUUUCAUUUCUCUAAAGGCCUUGUUAAAGAGAGGUUUAACACCAACUUCAAUGAGCGAGCCUGCACCGUGCGUGAAUACCAGCCGGUCUCUCGGUCCGACAGCAAUGCCUCUGACAGCUCUCGCCUCACCACCACCACGGAUCAAACCGACUGCUCUAUCCCCAUCGCAGUGAACGAACCGGAGGACACGUCUGCUCCUUUUUACACCACCGUAAUUGCUUCGGAAGACGAGCAGCAGGUUUCUGUGUAAAUGUCACCUCGGGCAAAUUUACAUGUUUCAAAGUAAAAAAAAAAAAAAAAUCCCUCUUUUUACUUUGCAAAAGAUCUCCAGGAUUACUGGAGGAAUAUGUGUAGGAUGUCUUUUAGGAAAAUGGAUGGAGAUAAGAACAUUGAAAACGAUUAGAAAUCAAUAAAUAAAAUGGGGAUCAAGAUUCUAAACUCCGUACUCAACAUUUCAAGGAUUUGUUAUUCACCUUCGAUUCUAUUAACUUUGGUUUAUAUAAUUGAGUUUUUCAAUACUUUUUAUAUAGCAUAGAUAAAGUUAGCUAGACCGCACCGUUAAGAGUAUUAUUGCUUAAUUUUCUGUCUUGCGUACAUAUUUUUUCCAUGCAGGGUAUAUUAAGUAUCUGAAUUUUCAACAUUUUCUCUUUUGAAAUAAUAACAGUUAACAUUGAUCUGCAUGCAGGACUUCAGUAGCUUUGUAUAAACGUGUUGCAUAUAAGUGCUUUCAUAUAUUUUUACCAAGUUACCUUUAUUGAUCUAUGGAAUAUUGUGAAAUAUUUUUUAUACCAGUUGAUUUUAAAACCAUGUAGUUUUUUAGGAGUGCAUAGCGGACCUGUAGAUUUAAAAUGUUUCAUAACAGAUUGAUUAUUCAGCAGUAUUUUACAUAAGCAGCAAUAUUAUUUUACAUAAAAAAUGUUUGUAGCUGUUAGAAACUGACAGGCUUGCAGAUCUCAUAUAUUCAUGCCAUGUGCCGUCAUUGUUGUACAAUUGACACUGUGUCGCUAUCAUUUCACCAAAUUUUAUUCCAGUGGUUUCUGUUUGAAUGUCAUGUAAUCUUUUGACUUCUGUCUUGGUUUGUAUGUUUAAUAUCAAGAGUAAAGUUUGGUUUUUGAUUAUGA